AUGGCGGCAGAGCUGGCCCACAUUGUGAGGAAAAAGGAGGGUAUCCUUGCUUUGGAACCCCACCUUGACCGCCGCGUCGUGAUUGCACUGGAAGGGAAGGAGAUACACGGCAUCCUGAAGGGGUUUGACAACAACAUCAAUCUUGUCAUGGCAAGUGCAGAGCUGUGGGUCAAGAAUGCUCUUUUAAGGCGCAUUGGCGCGUGCGUCGUCCGUGGUGGCUCGCUUGUCAGCGUAUCCUCCGGCGACACCACCAUCCUGCAGCACAACCCUUUUGAAUAG